CGGAGCGGAGCGGGCCCAGACGGAAGUACCCAUUGAGAUGGUCACUGAGUGCUCUUGAGCUCGGCAGCGACACAGGAGAGAGAACCUUACCGGCCGUCAGCAGCAUCGUCCAGGCAGCGGCAGCAGCGGCGGCGGCAGCGGUUGCAGCAGCGGUAGCGGUAGCAGUAGCGCGGGCUGCAGGGGUGGCAGGGGCGCACUGUGGGCUCGUUAGUCAAGAGCAGAGCGGAGCAGAGCACGGCGGCACGAGCAGCUCGCACACACAUCUCGCAGCCAGGAUACCUCCAAGACGGCCGGCACCAUGUUCGCCAUCAUGCAAGUGGAGACGGACGAGCGGAGGGCGGAAUUCAGGCGCAAGAUGCGCACCAAGUGCGAGUUCAUCUGCAAGUAUUGUCAGCGUCGCUUCACCAAGCCCUACAACCUCAUGAUCCACGAGCGCUCGCACAAGGACGACGUCACGUUCACGUGCGAGGCGUGUGGCAAGACCUUCAAGCGGCAGGACAACCUGAAGCAGCACAGAUGUGGGUGGAGUUCUGGUGGGUGGAGUUCAGGCGGGUGGCGGUGAGGGGUGACUUGUCGCAACAAGACUAACUAUCCAUUCACCUGCCGUGUCGGACUGCUACCGGAUGGACAGUAAGGGUUUGAUGGGAGGCGACACUUCGUCCUUAAAUUAUUACUUUAUAGCGUUACUACAUUUACUGUGUUUCCCUUUUAACUGUCUGACUACAAGCGCACGUGCAAGUGAAUGUUGUGAUAACUAUUUUCAGUCCGCCAUUCCGUCUGAUUUAUAGAUUAAGAAAAUAUAUCUUGAUAGUACCUAUGCGGAAAUAUUUAAGAUUAGGGACAUAUCAGUCGAUUGAACAGUAGGCCCUAUCUUAAUGUAUUUUGUUGAUAAUAUUAAAGGUCCUAUUCGGACUAUUACUCUUUUAAUACUGGCUGCCAUGCAUUGCGCUUGGGCUGUUUCGAUCACAUACUGGGGUGAUAAACAAAAGUCAUUAUUUUUGGACACUUGCGCAAGGAAAAUUCGAAUUUUGACGCAUUUACAACAAUCAAAAAAGGCGAAUAUGAGUUACCACUAUUUUGAUUACAUCUUACAUUAACUGAUUAGGUAAUUGAUCUCCUGCAUCCUUAAUUGACGGAGUUCUGUGAGCUUCCGAGCAAUUUAUUUCGUUCCUUGCCUAAGUUUCCGAAUAAGAUGAAUUCUAGUCUAAAUACUAUAGCCAACUGGCUGUUUGGAAUCAAAAUGAACACACAUUAUUCGAGCUAUCAAAAUCUAUGUGCAAGACAAAAGGUAUUUCUCAGUGAAUCAGGUGUCACUAAUGCAGCUUUGUCAUGUCAAUUAAGUUCUUGAGUAAGAUAGAUAUAUUUCAGAUGUGUUUAUUUGUACAUAGUCUAAUUAUUUGUUAUAAACUAGAUAUUUGUAUAUGUAAAUAGUAAAAACACGAGACACAUCUGUGUUUCUGAUCGCACUUUCUGUACUGGCAUUUGCGCAGAUCAGGCGCUUAAAGACACAUAGAGCAUAUUCCUGUCUAAAAGAAAUAUUGCAACUUCCUAAUUUGUCUUCAUUAAGCGAAACUUGUAUUAGGCGCUAGUUAAAAAGCUCUUUUUUCCCAUUUGUUAAUUAAAAUGUGUUGUUAGAAUUGUUCCUCGGGGGAUGUCGGGAAACUGUGGAGAGCUAAUUAGUGUGUAAACUCAUCGACGCUUCCGAUCUCUCGAUAUCUGUUGUUUAAGUGUUAAUAGUUUAGUUUUCUUUGUUUGUGCUUCGUAUUUUAAGUAGAGCUCAGAUUCGAGCUUGUUUAUUUUCGUUCUUAUUUAAUCAUUGUUUCUAUAUUCUUGUCUCUUUUGAAAACUGAUAUGAUUGACAUCACUGUAGAAGUGACAAAAAUCCCGUUUUUCCAUUGCUUGUAUGAUACGACCAACGCUUAUAAACAAAUAUGGCCACUCGCCACCAUGAAAAAAAUAUAUUUAUUUUUACGUAACGGACAAGUAUAGAUUUAUUUUAUAUGACUGAUGUGUGAGUGUACGAGAUAGAAAACUAAAUGAAUGAUAAAUAAACAAUCAAUGUUUUAAA